CGCCACCCUUUUUCCAUCCCACUGCAUGCAUAAUUUUUGCUUCUCCUCCGUUCUUUUCUUGCCUGUUGCCCGCAGCCCUUUUCUUUCCUCGAUUGAUGUCACUCGCUUCCUUCCCCAGGGCAGCAGCACUCAUUCCGGCUGAGUAGACGUUCCGUGCCUUGUUCGCCCGGCAUGAUCGCCAAGCUCGGCGCGCCACUGGGUCCUCCAUCCCUGGCGGCCACGACAGCCCAGUUCAGGAACCGUCUCCCGACACAGUUCCGCCGAGCGCUCCCGGUCUACAUCGCUGCCGUUUGCCUUCUCCUUUUCAUCUUUAACCACGGUCUCUUCCCCUCGAGCGUACGGCCGCCCCACCGUCCAGCCUCGUCGGAGCAGCAGGUACCCGGCGUCCGGAGCGAGUUUCCGAAGAAGAUAUGGCAGACAUGGAAGGUCAACCCACUCAAGUUUGAGGAGCGGGAUCUCAACACGGCGCGGACGUGGCUCAUGAAGAACCCCGAUUACCGGUAUGAGGUUUUGACGGACGACAAUGACUUGCGCUACGUCGAAUGGCAUUUCGGUCCCGAUGGCUUCAACCGGCCCGACAUCGUCAACUUCUACCGGGACGUGAAGGCUGCCAUUGUCAAGGCCGAUCUCCUGCGGUAUCUGAUCAUGUAUGCCGAAGGCGGCCUGUACGCCGAUAUCGACGUCGAGGCCUUGAAGCCGCUGUCGAAGUUCAUUCCGGAAAGGUACAACGAGAAGGACAUCGACAUGGUGAUCGGCGUGGAGAUCGACGAGCCCGAUUGGAAGGACCACCCCAUUCUCGGCCCGAAGUCGCGAUCAUUCUGCCAAUGGACCUUCAUGUGCAAGCCGCGGCUCCCUGUAAUGAUGAGGCUUAUCGAGAAGAUCAUGUCGUGGCUCAACGGUGUCGCGAAGGAGCAAGGGGUUUCGCUUGGCGAGGUCAACCUGGAUUUCGACCAGAUCAUCAGCGGCACGGGACCGUCGGCGUUCACCGAGGCCAUCCUGGCGGAAAUGGAGCUGCGGAAGGAGGAUCCUAACAUGAAGAUCGACUGGGAUUUGUUCCACGACAUGCAGGAGUCGAAGGUGGUGGGCCGGGUGCUCGUCCUGACCGUCGAGGCUUUCGCUGCUGGUCAGGGACACUCUGACUCGGGCAACCACCAAGCCAGAGCCGCCCUGGUUAGGCAUCACUACCACGCGUCGAACUGGCCGAGCCGGCACCCGCGCUUCAGCCACCCGGCGUAUGGCGAGGUUGAGAAGUGCAACUGGAACGACGAAUGCGUCAAGAAGUGGGACAAGGACGUUGAGGAAUUCUCCAAGCUGUCCGACGAAGAGAAGAACAGGAUCAUCGAAGAGAAGAGGAAGGAACGUGAGGAGGCUGAGGCGAAGCAAAAAGCGGAGGAAGAGAAGAGGAAGAAGGAGCAGGAAGAAGCCGAGAGAAAAAAGAAGGAGGAGGAGGAAGCUAACCGGAAGAAGAAGGAGGCAGAGGAAGAGAGUCGAAAGAAGCAGGAAUCCGAGGAGGCUUCCAAACAAAAGAUCAAGGAGCUGGCCGACAACGGCAAGCAGGAAGGCGCGGAGAAGAAGCCGGAGAAGAAGCCGGAGAAGAAAACUGGGUGGUUGCACUUCCCAUGAUGGUCUUUUGUCUUCAGCAUCUUCGGGAGCUGGCGGGGGGUUUGCAUUUGGAGCUGUCUUGGGGUCCGGGGUCCGGGGUCCGGGGGUCCGGGGGUUUUGCUAAUGAGAGACGUCAUUGCUCCGGCGGGCCCGGCGACAUGCCGCCCGACGGCCGUGCAAAGCCAUGGCGGUGACGCGGAUCGAGCCCGACGCUCCUCCGUCUCCAAAGAGGUGCGGGGGCGAAGGGUGGUCAACGGCCGCCGCGCACACGGAACUGACCAACGUCAGGGUGAGAUGCAUACUUCCCUUUUGUAUGUCUAUAUAUCCGGCAUUGCUUUGACCAAGCCCGGGCACUGGCUUCACUUCUGUCGGCGUUGCGGGACGGAGCCGGGGGGAACUCGCGUUGAACCGUGGCUGUUCCCACGCUCGAGUGGACAUGGCAUUAGAUAAGUCUAAUUAAUAAAAUACCCAUUUUUGAAG